GUGGGCUUCCCCUCUUCAAGGAUUCAUCUCUGGCCGCCCCCGCAGAGGUACGCUCUCCAUUUGGCGAUGCGGAAGGGAGAUUCCUCAGCCCUUCCAGUCAUACACCCCCUCCUCUGUGUGAUGUUACCCUUACGCACCACUAUCAGAAGCGGAGACGUGAUUCUCUGGGGCGAAUCCCUGCCGACGUCACUUCCAAUCCCGUAUAAAUAGACUGAGCAAUAGACUCUGGCCAGACUCAAGCCAAACCGCUUUUCGGAAACAACUCUCCAAACUAAGGAUUAUUGGAUUGCCUUCGUUGGAUUUUAUUCCCAGCAUCGAACCCUCCGUAUUAUCACAAUGACUUUGAACAAAGGAGACAAAUUGCGGAACAUGGACAAGAGAAGAGGAAGCAUGCCAUUCCCCAUGAAUCUACCAAACCUACACAGGAGAAGCAUGCCCGUGGACGACCGGGACCUGCGCGCCACGAUGCCACAGACUGGCCAAACAGACGAGCUGUCCAACCUCCUGCGCUGCACGUCCUACUCUCCAAACGAGCAGCAUCGAGACAGCUGUGCGUCCGACUCCUCCGACUCCGUCAUCUCCACCGGCAGCGAGGCUGACUCCCAGGUGUACAAGGUGGUUCUCCUCGGGGAGCACGGAGUCGGCAAGUCCAGCUUGGCGCGCGUCUUUGGAGGAGUUGAGGAUGCUGGUCACGACUGCGAUGAACCAGGAAACACCUAUGACAGAUGCAUCCUCGUGGAUGAAGAAGAGGCAUCCAUCAUGUUGUACGACAUCUGGGAACAGGAUAACAGUCAGUGGCUGAAGGAUCAGUGCAUGAGGAUGGGAGACGCCUACAUCAUUGUGUAUUCAGUGACAGACAAAUCAAGCUUUGAGAAGGCCUCAGAGCUGCGGAUUCAGCUGCGUCGGGCCAGGCAGUCGGAGAACAUUCCCAUAAUCCUCGUGGGGAACAAGAGUGACCUGGUGCGGUCCAGAGAGGUGUCUGUUGACGAGGGAAGUGCCUGCGCAGUCGUGUUUGACUGCAAGUUCAUUGAGACAUCUGCCUCCCUUCAUCACAACGUGCAGGAUCUAUUCGAGGGCAUCGUCAGACAGAUCCGUUUGAGGAAAGACAGCAAGGAGGAGAACGCACGACGCAUGGCCAACUGCAGGCGCAGAGAGAGCAUCGGCAAGAAAGCCAAACGGUUUCUGGGUCGCAUGGUCGCACGCAAGAACAAGAAGAUGGCUUUCAGGCAGAAAUCAAAGUCCUGCCAUGACCUAACGGUUCUCUGAGGAACAGGAACAGACAGGACAGAUGGACAAUCUCUUCUUUGGCCUCUGAAGACCAGACGCUGUGUGUGUUUUAACACUAACCCUAAAGGACUAAUAGAGCUGUACAGGAAUAUAUUUUUAUUUUUUAGACACCUACCAAACGCAAAGAAAAGACUUGAUUGAUAAAGGAAAUAUCAUUAUCAUAAUAAUGGUGAUAACCUGCAUGAAGCUUUGCAGUCAUUGUUUUAUUUUUGUCUGCCUUAAACAUGUUGCUGUCAUUUUGUGAUCUGUUUGUAUGAAAAUCCACAAAGUCUCGUUUCCUUUUAUUUUCUAAUGAGUUGCAAAGAUCGCCUUUCUGUUGUGUUCUUGUUGAGCUCCUUUACCGGAGAGAAUGGAUGUAUAUAAUAUAGCAUGAAUGAUGACGAAAGCAACAUACAUCUCAUUUAUCCUGACAGACGCAGUAAAAGAUCAGAGUGCUCGGUCAUCUGGAGUCGUAUUUACUUGAAGCGUGGUACGCAGGUUCGUGCCUCAGCCAAGUUUCUGAGGACUAAUCAAGAAUAGAGACAAACUUGUAUUGUUUUCUGUUUUUCCAUAACACUGAAUCCAGUUUGUGAAUGUAUGAGUAAUAGAGCAAUAAGUUAUUUCAGUCUUGUGAACCUUGACAUUAUUUGGAAAUCUUUGUUUAUUUCCUUUUUCAAUAAAAUAUGAAAAACAAAGCACAAAA